AUGGCCACUAGACUGUAUCAGGUAUCCGGCGAGCUCCAAGUCGGCAAUGGUAGUUGUAACGCGUCACUGCCGUGCCUGGAGUUGCCCACCUUUACCACCGCUGCUAAAGUCCGGGUGAUUGUCACCUUCAUCCUGUGUGGUGUGUCGACCUUCUGCAACCUUGCUGUGCUUCGUGCGGCCUAUGUAGACGGCAAACGCAAAUCCCACGUCCGGGUUCUGAUUGUCAACCUAACGCUGGCCGACCUCCUUGUGACAUUUGUGGUGAUGCCGGUAGACGCUGCGUGGAACAUAACGGUGCAGUGGCUGGCAGGUGACUUUGCCUGCAGGCUCCUGAUGUUCCUCAAGCUUCUGGCAAUGUACUCAGGCGCCUUUGUCACCGUGGUGAUCAGCCUGGACCGCCAGUCAGCCAUUCUCAACCCACUGGCCAUCAACGAAGCCCGGAAGAGGAACAGGUGCAUGCUGGCGGCGGCGUGGACCAUGAGUGUUCUGCUGUCUGUUCCUCAGAUGUUCCUGUUUCACAACGUGACCAUCAAGGAUCCUAAGGACUUCACGCAGUGCACCACACGAGGAAGUUUCGGUAGCCACUGGCAAGAGACGGCGUACAACAUGUUCACCUUCUUUUGCCUGUUCCUGCUGCCAUUGACUAUCAUGAUCACGUGCUACACCAGGAUCUUCAUCGAAAUUUCCAAACGCCUGAGCAAGGAUAACGUUUCCUCCACUGAGGUACAUUUGCGCUGCUCCAAGAACAACAUCCCCAGAGCUCGCAUGAGGACUCUAAAAAUGAGUGUCGUAAUCGUCUUGUCCUUCAUCAUCUGCUGGACUCCCUACUACCUGCUGGGCGUGUGGUACUGGUUCUUCCCAGACGACCUGGAAGGAAAGGUGUCCCACUCGCUCACUCACCUGCUGUUCAUCUUCGGCCUGGUCAACGCCUGCUUGGACCCUCUCAUCUACGGCCUCUUUACAAUUCGCUUCCGCAAGGGUCUCCUCCGCAGGUUCCACUGCAGCACCCGAGCCACCACGGACACUGAAAUGAACACGGUUAUAACCGGAUCUUUCGCCGGCGCUGGGAGUGAUGUGUUGAUGAAACAGGAGGCAAGCCCAGGUAGCAUGGAGACGUCCCAAAUGCGUGAUGAUAAUGACAGCGGGAGGCCAGGAACACACAACAAUGCACAGAGAACUGGACACAAAGAUCUGGAGAGCAUAAUAUGA